CCGGCCGCUGUCCAGCCUCUCCGCGCCCCUAGCGCCCUGCGCCGCAGCCGCCGCCUCUUGGGGAGACGCAGCCACUUGCACGCCAUGGAUACUCCCAGGGUCCUGCUCUCGGCCGUCUUCCUCAUCAGUUUUCUUUGGGAUCUGCCGGGUUUCCAGCAGGCGUCCAUCUCAUCCUCCUCCUCGUCCGCGGAGCUGGGCUCCACCAAGGGCAUGCGGAGCCGCAAGGAAGGGAAAAUGCCGCGGGCGCCGCGAGAGAGUGCCGCGGGCCGGGCGCCCCCGCAGGGCCAGGAGCCACAGCCACGGCCGCAGGACGAGCCCCAGCGGCAGUCGCCGCAGCAGUCCCAGGCGCAGGAGCAGCCAGGCAGGGGUCCGCGCGUGGUGCCCCACGAGUACAUGCUAUCAAUCUACAGGACUUACUCCAUCGCCGAGAAGCUGGGCAUCAAUGCCAGCUUUUUCCAGUCUUCCAAGUCGGCUAAUACGAUCACCAGCUUUGUAGACAGGGGAUUAGACGAUCUCUCGCACACUCCUCUCCGGAGACAGAAGUAUUUGUUUGAUGUGUCCACGCUCUCAGACAAAGAAGAGCUGGUGGGCGCGGAGCUGCGGCUCUUUCGCCAGGCGCCGGCAGCGCCCUGGGGGCCACCGGCCGGGCCGCUCCACGUGCAGCUCUUCUCCUGCCUGUCACCCCUGCUGCUGGACGCGCGGACCCUGGACCCGCAGGGGGCGCCCACGGCCGGCUGGGAAGUCUUCGACGUGUGGCAGGGCCUGCGCCACCAGCCCUGGAAGCAGCUGUGCGUGGAGCUGCGGGCCGCGUGGGGCGAGCCGGACGCGGGGGAGGCCGAGGCGCCCGCGCGGGACCCGCAGCCGCCGCUGCCCCCGGACCUGCGGAGUGUGGGCUUCGGCCGGAGGGUGCGGUCCCCGCAGGAGCGCGCCCUGCUCGUGGUGUUCACCAGAUCGCAGCGCAAGAACCUCUUCGCCGAGAUGCGCGAGCAGCUGGGCUCGGCCGAGGCUACGGGCCCAGGUGCGGGCGCCGAGGGGUCGUGGCCGCCGCCGUCGGGGGCCCCGGACGCCGGGCCUUGGCUGCCCUCGUCCGGCCGGCGGCGGCGGCGCACGGCCUUCGCCAGCCGCCACGGCAAGCGGCACGGCAAGAAGUCGAGGCUGCGCUGCAGCAAGAAGCCCCUGCACGUGAACUUCAAGGAGCUGGGCUGGGACGACUGGAUUAUCGCACCCCUGGAGUACGAGGCCUAUCACUGUGAGGGCAUGUGCGACUUCCCGCUGCGCUCACACCUGGAGCCCACCAACCACGCCAUCAUCCAGACGCUGAUGAACUCCAUGGACCCGGGCUCCACCCCGCCCAGCUGCUGCGUGCCCACCAAAUUGACUCCCAUCAGCAUCCUGUACAUCGACGCGGGCAAUAACGUGGUCUACAAGCAGUACGAGGACAUGGUGGUGGAGUCCUGCGGCUGCAGGUAG